AUGUUAAACACUAACAGCGAUACUCAAAACAAUUCGUCUAUUAAAUAUUAUGAAAACAAUUUUAAUUAUUUGGACCGUUAUAAACCACAAGAUAAUCAUAAAUUUGGCCGUGGACAUAUUAUUCGUCAAUAUAUGAGUGGUGUAGGCGUUAUCACAGAAAGAUAUAUUUCCAAGGACCAUUUAUUGUUUUUCAAAUCAGGAAAUCCCUCAGAUCAUUCUACGUCUAAUUACGAUGUAAAAUCACUUGAACAUUUAAUCGAUGAAGAAGAAGAAGAGGAAGAAGAAGAAGAAGAAGAAACCAUUACAACUAUGCCGGUAAAUUGCCCAUGUUAUGAAAAAGCAUGCGAAGAAGAAUUAAAAAAAAAAAAAAGAUCGUUUAAAAAUAUUUUUUCGUCGAUGUUUAAAAACUUUCAAAUUCAGAAAUAUCUAAAUUAUUGA